AUGGAGCCGAACUACUAUCAGAACGAUCUCAUGAGAGAAAUCAGCUAUCUGAGGCGCGAGAUAAGUAUCGACAGGGUUUUUGCAAAAAUGAAUCGGUCAGCAUCGUCCUUUUAUCACAGGAAAACGCACGUAUACGAUACGAUUCGCUGGUCACAAGGGUGGAAAUUUUGAUGACUUCUCACGAAAACCUUAUAAAGGCGAUCGAAAUGGCAAAAGGUAUUCUCACAAAAUCUUUUCGAUUUCUCAAGCAGUUUUUAUAAUACUCUAAAAAGCUCGAAGAGUUUUGAAGAAAAAUUUGCUUUUUACUAAUUUUUUUUUCAAAUUUGUUUUUGAUUGUUUUCUUCUGUGCGUUGAAUUUCAGUUAUUUAUUCAAAAAGAGCGGUGGCCGAGGUUUUUGAAAAGGUGGUGGCAAUCGAAUGAAAAUCGUGAUAAGAACGGCGUACGCGUCCCGCCUUCUUCUCCUCCUCGCCUAUCAAGCAGGAAGAAAUUGACAAUAGCGAUCAUGCCAAAGUUAGAAAGUUAGCUGGUUUAAUUCGAAAGCAAUGAUUAUUUCAAAAGAUUACAAAGAAAGAGCUCGCAUUUUUUUCGUAGGAUCAUUUGAGGGAAAAACCUACAUUCUAAUUUUGAUUUUUUCUUCAGAUGAGCUUUGGGCAAACCUGGCGAACUUUGGGCAAGCCGGUGAGCAGCGUCAUCCAGAUGUCGGCAACCAUCAAACUAGCGAGCAAAUCACGCCAAACGAUCAAACGAAGGCUUUCAACGUCAUCCAGCCAAAACCGCGAAGAAACGUCUCUUUCGGUGCAGUCACUGUCAUGAACAAUUCACCGAAUAACAACAUGGCCUCGCAGGAUUAUCACUAUAACGGUAUUGAAUUAUCAAGUUACUUUCGCUCACUCCAAAGAAAACUGACUUCAAAACGGCUGGAAAUAGUUUCAUUUUUCAGAAGGUACUCGACGGUUCCAUCAUCCGUCGACCGUGUAUGUGGACCCCACAUACACGGCAAAUCGUGAAAGAAGCAGCGCUUCAGAGUCGACUCAACCGUCCAACCACAACAUGACUGCACGGGCGGAGGAUUUUCCCUUCAGUGGUAAUGAAUUAUCAAGUUACUUUUGCUCACUUCAAAGAAAACUGACUUCAAAACGGCUGGAAAUAGUUUCAUUUUUCAGAAGGUACUCGACGGUUCCAUCAUCCGUCGACCGUGUAUGUGGACCCCACAUACACGGCAAAUCGUGAAAGAAGCAGCGCUUCAGAGCCGACUCAACAUUCCAACUACAACAUGACUGCACGGACGGAGGAUUUUCCUUUCAGUGGUAAUGAAGUAUCAAGUUACUUUUGCUCACUUCAAAGUAAACUGACUUCAAAACAGAUGAAUAUAGUUUCAUUUUUCAGAAGGUACUCGACGGUUCCAUCAUCCGUCGACCGUGUAUGUGGACCCCACAUACACGGCAAAUCGUGAAAGAAGCAGCGCUUCAGAGCCGACUCAACAUUCCAACUACAACAUGACUGCACGGACGGAGGAUUUUCCUUUCAGUGGUAAUGAAUUAUCAAGUUACUUUUGCUCACUUCAAAGUAAACUGACUUCAAAACAGAUGAAUAUAGUUAUGAUUUCUAGAUUCCUAUAACCCAAAAUAAAAAGGUUGAAUUCGAUUCUCGGAAAUUCUCAAAAUGGAAUGUCGGCAAUCGACAUCUGAUUGCCGAACAGCCUUGGUCCAGAUGAAUGAUACGCUCUAAAAGUAGAUUUUUUUUUUUGAUAUUUUCGGAUAUGCCAAUGAUGUGCUGGAAAAAAAACGGCCAAAUAUAGUUUUAUUUUCCAGAAAAGUCUCAUGUGGAUCCGAUCGUUGUCCCGCCGAUCCAAAGACCAAAACUUGACGAAAACGGCUCUUCAAGCCCAAUGGAAAAAGUUGCACACAACAAAGACAAUUUUAAGAAGACGUCUAAGGACUCCACAGGUAAGAUAAGGACUCCAAAAUGACCAAGUUACUCUUUCUCAUUUCAAAGAAAACUCAAACCGAACAAAAAAAUAAAGCUUAUUUGAAUCUUCUAGUUUUUUUCCAGAUAAAGUAAGCUGAAAGAUGAGAUCUGAUAGAUUUGAGAAAUCCACUAUUUAAAUAAAAGAGGAAUUAAAGACAGACAAAAAAAUCGAAUUUUACGAACUGUUUUUCAGUGAUCGAACUAUUUAUAGAUAAACUCGGAAAUUAUUGAACCCCAUUGAAAAUUCAAUUAGGAAUCUAUGAAAUGCGACCAAAUGUUAGGAAGCUGUACGAUUAGACCGACCGAUCUAGGAAAUCAAUUUUAUGGAUCUGACAAUUUUGAAUCUGUGCCAAAAAAAGUAUUUCAUACAAUUUGCAAAUGACGCCAUUGGUUAUUUCGACAUGGCAUGUGUGCUGAAAAUGAGAUCAGGGUCCAAAAAUAUUUAGGUCAUCGACUAUUUCAUUUCAAUAUUUUUCACAAAAACACCAACUGCAAUACAGAAUGAGCAAUUUUCAAUCAAAUGAUGUUUUUUUUUAGGAACUUCCGUCGACAAGGAUCUCAGCGCACUUCGUGCCAAAAUUCUUGAAGCCCUCGACCCCGAUUUUCAGCGCGAAUUGCAGCCACCGGUGAAAGGAACGGAUACCUCUUUAUUGCCAUUGGUCUCUCAGAGCCGUGACGUUUUCACCACCCAUUUAUCAGGUUACUGUUUCUUUUGUAGAAAAAAAACAAAUAAGUCUUUUUUCAAACUUCUUCAUUUUUGGCCUCUCAUGGUCAUACCGACUUAGCUACAGAUGAAAAUGAUUGCUUUUUCUAGAAAAAAUUACAGUUCCUAUGCGAAUAGGAAGAAGCUCUUUGAAAAUGAUUAGCGUUCACUGAUUACCGCAAAAGUGUGUAAAGUUUCGAUUAAAAAACAAUUGAUAAAAAGAAAAUUGAGAUGAAAAAUUUGAAACGACAGUCAACAAUUUUUUUUUCAUUGAUAGAAGCUCUCCUCUUUGUGAGAAUUUCUCCAAAUAUCAGGCUGUCCAAUAAUUCUUGUCCGAAAAUUUUCAAACUUCCAUAACCUUUUAGAAGGUUCUCCAGAGUUUCACGCUAGGGGUAUAUAAGGCGCAGUCGCCGCGUCCAGCUACCGGAACAAGCUAAAAUGGAACAACGUCGAAUUCGUACGUUCGUGUACUACGAGCUUCUGCUGGGCAACGACACGGGCACCGCGAUCGCCAACAUCUGCAGAGCGUGCAAGGAGAACGAAGUGUCCCAACGCACAGCCAGGCGUUGGUUCAAUCGUUUCGAGAGCGGCGACACGAGCCGACCUGCUCCCGCUGAAGAUCAUGCUCUGCUGCUGGUGGGCCGCCAAGAACUGCUGUACUUCGAGCUGCUCCCGCAAAGCUGGACGGUCACCGCCUCCAUCUACAGCGAUCAGCUCGAGAAACUAGCCGCUGCCAUCGGAGAAAAGCGUCCCCGACGUGCCUCGGUCCAUCUUCAGCACGACAACGCGCGCCCCCACGUGGGGAAGGAGACCCAGCAGAAGUUAGCAACGCUCGGCUGGGGAACGGCUGCCUAUCCGCCGUAUUCUUCGGACCUCGCUCCCUCCGACUACCACUUGUUCCGCCCGCUCAAGCACCGGUUGGCCGGAAGAAAAUUCGCCAACUACGACAACCUCAAAUCCGACUUCGCGGACUUGUUUGAGUCGCAGCCCCCGGAAUUCUGGGCGAAGGGCAUCGGCGACCUGCCCAAUCGAUGUGCCACUGUCGUGAAUAACUGUGGUGAUGAUAUUGUUGAAAAGACUGGUUAAAAAAAAAUAAAAAAUGGUGAAAUUUUUCGGACAAGAAUUAUUGGACAACCUGGUCAGUAUCUUUUUCCUCAAAAAAAAAAAAAUUGAAAAAAAAUUUUUUUGCGCAGUAUCGAUAUUAACUUCACUAGAAGCCAAUUGUUCAUAUUGAAAAUAUUCUUGUGGGAGUGUCAGAAACAAAUUGUUCUUAAUCUAAAUGAGCAACGAUCUGAUUUCCUAAACUUUUCCAUUUUCAGGCUUCAACAACAACACCGAGGAGCAUGUGGAUGAUAUGAAAGACGACGAAUCGGACAAAGAGUCUUGGUGUUCGGCCCGUAGCCGUCUGAGCUCUUCUUCGGAGCUCUCAGGUUUGACCUGAAAUUUUUUGGGAUCCGAAAUGAGAAGAAAUACCGGAGUUACCAAAAAAAAAAAACGCAGUAACCGCAAAUAAUUCAUGAAGAUUGUCUUUCAACAAAAAGUUUCAAGAGUUUGGAGAAGACUUUUCAGUUCAAAAAACUUCUGUGAACACUUGCAUUUUCUAUCGAAAAUUGAAAAAGUUAAUAUUUUGAAUCAUACAAAGGCGCAAAAGAGUCGACUUCUUUUAAUGAUAAGUCAAAAUGAUAAGCUUUAUCAUCACAAGUUGUAGUUGAUAUUAAAACACAUCAAUAUGGAAAAAGUUCCAAAUACCGCAAUUCCAGACCCUGGAGAGGAACAAGGUCUAUUCCACUGCUUUACAAAUUUUUGCAUUGUAAAGCAGUAGAAUAGACACCGAAAAGCAGGGACCGAGCUUUUCAAAUAGUCGGUGAGGGUGACCCUUGAAAAAAUGGAAAAUGUCUGCCUCUUUUCUGAAUAAAAAAUUGGAAAUUAUAUCAACUCAUUUUUUUUUUCAGAAGAAUGGGAGGGUUUGCCUCGGUCGUUCUCUACCAACACAACAGUUGAAGCUCAAGUCGAAGAAGUCGAGGAUGGGAUGCGCCGUAGAAGGUCUCCCAGUACGUCUUCCAUCAAUUCCUCCGAUGAAGUCGACUUCAGUUAA